ACUUAUUUCAAAGUUGAUUCUCAGAGGGGGACCCCUCAGCGUAUUUUGAUGCACUACUACUGUCACGAUAGACGGGGUGAAUAACAGUCAAGUAUAUUUAUUCUAAUUUCAAUAGGUAGCCGAACUACGCCACCUGGUGGAAGGUACGGGCACCAAGCCCCAUUAUUUGGGUAUACGCUGGUUAUUAGGAAUCUAAUACAAGGUAACACUUCUAUCGGGAUCCCUCAUUGCAGGUUAUUUUUGAUCCCAGGACCACACAACACAAGGUAAUUCAAAAUAGAUUUUUUUUUUGGUACACUCCUUUCUUUAAAAGAUGGAAUUUCAUAGAUCACAGCACACAAUAUCGUUUAUAUUGUUGAUCUGGUUAACGCAGGGUAGUCUAAUUAGAAUACAUUUUAAAACACAUUAUUCAGUAACCCUUUAAUAGCGGGGGGUAUAGAAAUUAAAAAGAAUGCAUCCGAAUUUGCCAAAAUUGUAUCUUUUGCCGAGAGAAAAUAAAACCAAAUGAAAGUCAAUUUCAGUCUCACGAGUCUGUCUUGUUUCUGUUCAUCUCUAUGGAGGGUGCGACUGAUUGAGUCUUUGCAAAGUGUUUAGAAACAGAAGUUCGUGUUCAGCCUCGAUCACGGACUCUCCCGAGCGGCAAUGAUAAAGCUUCAGCUGGUAACAGCCCUGGGCUCCGGCGCACCAAAGCAAUUCAGCACAAGAACAGAUUUCAGGGUUCACUUGAUAGUCAGUAUUUGUUACUUCAUUUGUCUAUCAAAUACAGAAACAGUCUCAGCUUACUAGUCAUUCCAAACGGUUUAUCUCGCAAGGGGUGCUCGGCAGCUACCGUGUUAGAGAGUCAGCGAAAACACACACCCGUUAUCUUCUGCAGCCAAACACGACCACAGACAGACACAGCCCUUCCUGUAUUGCACUUCCCUGCUCCCUGCCCCGGUCGCGUCUCUUCCAGUCUCCGUGCUCCUCUCUCGCACUCCGGGUCUUUAAAGGUGUGUGGAUCUGCUUAAUGUUUUACGAGCUCUCCCUUCCUCUCUCUCUGUGAAGAGAAGGCUGCACAAUGUCUGCAGAGGUGUCCAUCAAGCAGGACCUGAUCGAUGCAGACAGCCUGCUAGAUAGGGUCCAGAUUGGAUCAGGAGGGUUUGGAGUCAUCUAUAAAGCCCGUCACAAAGACUGGGCCUUUCCCGUGGCUAUCAAAGAGCUGUACGGGCCGAGCAGCAAUGACCUGCUGAGUGAAGCCAGGCUGAUGUGUGAAGGCAGAUGCCAGUUUGUGCUGCGCUUGCUGGGGGUGUGCCGGUCCCCUGUGCCCCAGGGGCCCUGGAGGCUGAGCCUCGUCAUGCAGUUCAUGGAGAACGGGUCCCUGGAGGCCCUGCUGGAGAGGCUCAGCAAGCUGCCCUGGCCCCUCACUUUCAGACUUGCCCACCAGGUGGCGCUGGGGAUGAACUUCCUGCAUCUGCGCAACCCUGUUCUCCUGCACCUGGACCUGAAACCCAGCAACGUGCUCCUGGAUGACAGCUUCAACGCUCAGUUGACAGAUUUUGGCCUGGCCAAGCUGAUGAGUUCUGUGUCUUCAGUUUCGAGAGAGAGUCAAGGUGGGACUAUAAGCUACAUGCCCCCUGAAGCUAUAGAAGAUGUGAACUACAAACCCACACCUGCAUAUGAUGUGUACAGCUAUGCCAUUGUGCUCUGGUCCCUAAUCACUGGAGAGAAACCCUACUCUCAUGCAAAUUCCAGUUUGAUCAAGUGGCACAUCCCUCAAGGACAGAGGCCGAAUAUUUCGUGCAUCGACUCGACUGCAACAGAGAAGCUGGAAGACAUCGUGGAGCUGAUGCAGAGCUGCUGGGACGGGGACCAGGACAACCGGCCCCAGUUUAGCAGUGAGCUGCUUUUCACAGAGCUCUACACUUUAGUAGCGGGGUUCCGAAAAAUCUAGCGUUGCACGUCCCCACGCUCUGCUA